AUGGCCAUACAGGUGAUUGAUUGGGGUCUUUGGGGUCAGGUUCCGCUGAUAGUCGGCCAAGCGCGGGACCCCAGCGACGAGCACCAGCGCUUUGGAGAGAGUACAGUAGGUACUUUGGCACUCUCUAAGAGCGAGGUCCCGAGUUGCAGCGCCAGCCUUGUCUUGAUCCCACCCCCCCAGUUGCCAGCCCAAUUACGCAGCCAAAGUCUUCUCUCCCUCCCAGUAUGUUCUCAUAGGCGUCGCAGCACCUUCUCCGGUCCUCGACAGAGCUCCUUUGCCAUUCUCGUCUUUCCAGAAGCCCUCUGCGGCCCGUCGCCUGCGAGGAUCCCUCCCCUCCCGCCUGAGCAGAUCUGCCCUUCCACCUCCAGCCGCCUCUGUGCCUCGACCGCCCACGGCCGACUGAACUUUGCGACCGAAACACGGCCACCACCCGCCCCUCGACAGGAACCGCCCAACUACUUCUACGACGCCCUCUACGGCAUCCCUCGAGGGUUUCGCCCGUUGUGCAGACCUGGUCCACUCGCCCACGGCGCCAGCCGCCUCGCCGCCAGCAUGACGUCUCAACAGGCCCUCUUCGCCGACACAAUAAUAGCCAUGAAGAAGGCUAUGAAGCGAAGAGCAUACGGUGCGCACCCCAACCUCCCAUCGCCAGCUCAAGCUCGCCCCGUCACUAACGAUUUUGCCGCCUUCGCUACAGAGUCUGAAGAUUCCGAAGACGACAUAGACUACCAUGGCAACCGCGGCCAGAAGCUCAAAAAGCGAGCCCGAUUCGCUCGCGAAGGGCAAUUGGCGCCACCCUCGGGCCCAGAGUUCGUCAACCACGCCGGGUAUACACGGGCCAUCAUAAGUCGGAACCCGCCGCUCGUCGACGACGAAGGUUACGAACCCGAGAGCGACGACGAAGACUACGAACAGCGCAUGCAAGAGAUUGCCGAAACCGCUGCCGAGUUCAAUCCAUACGCAAGCCUGCGACUCGAAAAUAUCCUCGCGCCGCUGUCGUCCGUAACCGAGAUCCCAUCCCAUCCCACCCUGUCCAGGGCGUACACCUCCAAGACCCUGUCCGACCUUACCAAGCAAGCUCGGGAGAUCCUCCACAAGGAAAACGCCGCGCUGUGGAAGGUCAAGCAUCUACACACCAAGCUUGUCGGCGACCAUGUGUGGGUGCCAUGUUCGCUCAUGGAGACCCCUCAUGAUCUCGACUUGUACCAAGAAAACCACGCGACGAAUGGAUUGGGCCAGCGCUCUGUCAACUCCGACGCCACCAUGCUCCUCUUGGAACGCGCGGCCGCCGCCAGCAGCACAAACGGUCAGCCGUCAGUCAACGGAGAAGCACCGACGGCGAAGGAGGCGCAAGAAGACGCAGCCGAUGGCGACACCUCCAUGGUGGACGCCGACGUCACCAUUGACGAGGACACUGCGGCCGACGAUGAGUCGAGUUCAAAAACAGGCCAGACCAAAGAGAGAGGAGAGAAAACGGGAAAUGACCAGCGGGCCAGUAAAUCAUCCAAGGAAGCUGCGCCAGACGGUCAGGCGACGGCCGACGGCGGCUCGCAAAAGCAAGAGAAGCACGCCACUAAUGGCAUCUCGAAGACGGCUGAGCAGAACGGUGAUUUGAGCACGUCACAUGGACUGCAGGCUGCAACGAACGGCAGCGAGGUGAACCUACCUGGAAGUGGGCCCAUGUCAACGGCUUCGGUCGACCCGCUGGAUGAGAUGUUCAUCCACCCGAUAUUCCUGGCACCGAGGUCGUCUCAGCCCAAUCGCGAUCUCGGGCUUCCCGAGGGCGAAGCGGAGGAUCUGCGGCGGCUGCUCCAGCUGUACGUGCAAAAACAGGAGGAAGUGUGCCGGGGCGCCAAGCGGCUGAACGAGGGAUUACUGCGGGCAGACCGUCUCCGGAAGACGGUCUUCCAGUGGUCCAAGUUUGAAGCGCACGUCGGCCCGAACCGAGACAUGUCGGACGGCGAGGACUGGUACGACAAGGAAGAAUGGGGCCUCGACGAGGACCUCAAGAAGGGCCAGGACGAGGAGGAGGAAGACACGACGCAGACGGCCAAGAAGACGAGGGCGAGGAGGUGA